GAGUCAGAACUGAAGCGGAGAUAAGCAACCAAACAGAACCCUACAACAACAUCCAAUCUGUUUUUAGAGCUUCGUUACUCCCCCUCUGUUUAUCACUGUCUUUCUGCAUUUGCUUUUUCUUUAUUUUAUCUGUUUUUCACUCACCUCCUCCAUCGACACACCUUUUAAUUUCUUUAAUACCCUCCUCUCGAUUAACCCUCCUCUUUUUUCUUCAAUUAGUGGGCAAAAAAGGUUCGACAAAACCCAAAUUUUAGCUUACAGUAUAAAGACCAAAAGAAUCUCAUACUUUCUGGACCCCCUUUUCUUUGAUUCCCGUUUUUAGGGCUUUUUUUUAUUAUUAUUACUUCUGCUUAUUGGGUUUUCUCAUCUUCCUUCUCUCUAUUGACUCCACUUGCACUGCUUCAAGGUGAUUUUUUUUUUUUUGUUCAGAGGUGAGGGUUUCUUUCAUGUCAGAGCUAUUUUUGUCUGUUCCCUUAAUAUGCUAGGGAUGGCUUAAAGUUAUUUCCUUUCUUAAGAAGCUACAAGAAUACAUAUAAUUUCAUGGCUCGGGGGAAGAAUGGGAAAAAAAGGGGUUCAGAGGCAGGUCAUCAAGUCACUGAUGCAAAAGGAAGGGGGAAAACAAGUGAGGUAAAGGACUUUUCUGGAGAUAAACUACCAAAUGGCAAUCCUUCAAAGGAGAAUGUUACUAAAGGUCAUCGUGCAGGGACUGAGAAUAAAUAUAGGCAGAAUUCUGAGAAAUUUGUGUCAACGGAGAAGCAUGGAGAUUCAGCUGAGGAUCUUGGCCAAUCAAUAUCUUCUGGGAGUAAUUCAGGGUCUUGCACUGAAAACAAACCUUCAAAGGAAGCUUCAAGUGGAAGGGAACAAAAUGAAAUCUCACCUGAUGGGAACCUUAAUCUGAAACAUAAAAACGGAUCUUGGGGCUGCUUGCUUAAUGGUUUUCAUCUUAAAAAUGCCAUGGAUAAUGUGGAUUUUUCUGAUACUGCGGCGGUAAGGAAUGCGAGAGCAAUAGCUGUGUCCACCUUCAAGGUGAUAAGCCAGUGGCUUGAGAGACAAAGACCAAUUUUAAUUUCCCUAACAACUAAUGUGUAUAAUGCUCGAGAUCAUGUCAGAGCAAAGUUUGAGAGAUUAUAUCCCAUUGUUUUGAAAUGGCUUGUGCACUUUGGAAAUAUAAUGCUUCUUUUGUCAAUAAUCUGGUUGGACUGUGCUCUUAGAGGCAUUGAUUCCUUCCUCCGCUUGGGUACAGCAUCUCUUUUUCUGGUUAUAUGGUGCAGUAUCUUCUCAGUAAUUGCCAUGGUUGGGAUGAUGAAGUUUCUUCUGGUGUUGGCCAUAGCUGCUCUGACAGCAGUUUUUGUUGGGCUCACUGUCGCAAUGUUGGUAGUAGCUGUUUUUGGAACUAUUUUCCUGUGGUUUUAUGGAAGUUUCUGGACAACACUUAUGGUGAUCUUCCUUGGAGGAUUGGCAUUUUCGUUUAGCCAUGAGCGUCUUGCAUUAUUGGUCGCCACUAUAUAUUCUGUAUACUGUGCUUGGAUGUAUGCCGGAUGGCUUGGUUUGCUUUUGGCUCUUAAUCUAUCAUUUAUCUCAAGUGAUGCAUUGAUCUACUACCUAAAGAACCACAUAAAUCAGCAAGCAGCACCAGAUGGAAACCCUGAGCAAACCGAUGGAAUGUAUGGUCAUUCAGGCUUCUUCAAUGACGAGUCAGUGCAUGGUUCGUUCUCUGAAAAUGUCCCAGGGUUUUCUGCAAACCAUGGUCCUGGGGUAGCUUCAACUAGUGGGGUUGACACUGUGAUGACUUCUGAAGAUGAAGUUGCUCGAUUGUUGAACUGCUCUGAUCACUAUUCUGCAUUGGGUUUGUCACGGUAUCAGAAUGUCGAUGUUAAUGUACUGAAACGAGAAUACAGAAAAAAGGCAAUGCUGGUCCAUCCUGAUAAGAACAUGGGCAAUGAAAAGGCUGCAGAAGCUUUUAAAAAGCUUCAAAAUGCAUAUGAGGUUUUACUUGAUUCGUUGAAGCGAAAAACAUAUGAUGAUGAGCUUAGGCGGGAGGAGCUGUUAAACUAUUUCCGUAGAUUUCAAAAUGCUUCUCAAAAGAAUGGCAGACAUGGUUUCUUUCCCUCUAGAUCUGCACGGUCAGAGGCUGAUGGGGAGGAACCAUUUGGAGAAUCCAGGCGUAUUGCCUGCAAAAAAUGUGGUAACUUUCAUGUCUGGGCACACACCAAGAAAUCAAAAUCUCGAGCAAGAUGGUGCCAGGAAUGCAAAGAUUUUCAUCAAGCAAAAGAUGGUGAUGGAUGGGUUGAACAAUCGUCAGAGCCCUUAUUUUUCGGAUUUUUGCUUAAGGUGGAAGCUCCCUCUGCCUAUGUCUGUGCUGAUAGCAAGAUAUACGAUGCUACUGAAUGGUAUAUUUGUCAGGGAAUGAGAUGUCCACCUAACACACAUAAGCCAAGUUUUCAUGUGAACACUAGUGUGACAUCCAAGCAUGCUACCGGCAAGGGAUCAAGUUCAGGACAGAGAGGUGGCACAAUGCCAACUCCUCCUAAUCUGGAAGAAACGAUGACCGAAGAAGAAUUCUUAGCGUGGUUACAGAAUGCAGUACAAGGAGGCAUGUUUGACAACUUUAAUGGUAGCAGCACCUCUGCUGAAAAUCCAUCUACGAAAGCAGAAAGCAGCUCGAAGAGCAGCAGCAGCGGUAGUGGAAGCAAGAGAAAGAAAAAGGGUAAGAAACAAUGGUAAGCUGCAGUCAUCAUGAUUUGUGUAGCCCCGGAUUGUCGAGAGAGAAAGCAAUUUUUGGCCAUAAACAUCCAGAAAACUUGAAUCCAUGUUUAACUUGUUCUCGGGCCGUGGGGCAUAUUUCAUGCAGAUUUUGUAUAGCAUUUACUAUCAUCUUCCUUCAAAUAAUUAGAUAUGGAGCAUCAUACCAAAUAUGAAAUAGAUUGCAGACCCUGGAGGGUAAUCUUCCCGGUUAUAGUAUUACUAAAAAAAUUUGCACUUCUCUUCUUACACAUUCUUCAUUUCAUUUUGUUGUCAGUAUCCUGAUCAAAGCGUCAACUGAAUUUCUAGUUCAAUUUUUAUUUUUUUUCCUUUGAAGAAAUGCCUGACGAUACUCUCAAUUGCCACACAAGAUGGUAGAACUAUAAUUCAGGACAAUUUCCCUUUUUCUUUACUGAAAUGGAAGUUGAAAGGAUAUUGUAUUUUCUGAGGAUAAAUACUCCUAUUAGUUCUUGUAC